CCUACAAAACAUGGUCCCCUUAUCUUGCACACUAAAGCCUGGGUGGAUCUUCGCACCACAACCUUUGGCGAUGACGGGAAGGGGAGGGCAGAGCACUGGUUACAGCAGCAGGUCCCUGGCGACUGCCCACUUCUAGCUUGUUGCUGCCGCCUCUGGAUCGCUGUCUGUUCCCACCUGCUCCGCAGUGCCAGCUCCCAACACCCGGGAGCCCAGCACAGCCCAGCACAGCCCACCAUGGCCAGCAAGCAGGGCUCGCAGGAGAGGAGCCUCCAAGUGUUCAGAGGAACCUUCGUGCAUUCCACUCAGGUUUCUCCCGUCCAAAUCCUGAACGAUCACAUCCUGGGAGUCGAUAAGAACGGCAAGAUUGUUUUCUUUGAGGCUAGUGAUAAAGAAGAGAAGUUAUCUGAAACAUGGCAUUUCAACAAAAAGGACAUCAGAGUGCUUCAGCCCAUGAAGGAAUUCUUUAUUCCAGGACUGGUUGAUACUCACAUCCAUGCAUCCCAAUACUCCAACAUAGGCACAGGCCUCGACCUCACGCUUCUUCCAUGGUUAACCAAAUAUACCUUCCCCGUAGAAGCCAAAUACAAAGACUUGAAGUUCGCUGAGGACAUCUACACCAAAGUAGUGGAAAGAACACUGAAAAAUGGAACAACCACAGCAUGCUAUUUUGCAACCAUCCAUACAGAUGCGUCCUUGAAGCUUUGCGACAUUGUAGAUAACUACGGCCAGCGAGCUUUAGUUGGCAAAGUUUGUAUGGACAUUAAUGACACUUUUCACAAAUAUAAAGAAGAGACGAGCCAUUCUUUAGAGGAGACCCAAAGAUUUGUCACAGAGCUGGCCAAGCGGAAGUACCCGAGGGUGAAGCCCAUUGUGACUCCUCGCUUUGCGGCUUCCUGCUCGUCUGAAUUAUUGAAGCAGUUGGGAUUAUUUGCGAAGCACAACAACUUGCAUAUUCAGAGCCACAUAAGUGAGACACGUCCAGAGUUGGAAAUUACGAAAAGGCUGUUUGAAAAGUAUGAAAAUUACACCGAUGUUUACUACCAGCACAAUCUCCUGACUGAUAAGACAGUCAUGGCGCACGGAGUGUAUCUCUCCGAUGAGGAGCUGAAAGUCUUCCAUAGGGAAGGAGCUGCCAUCUCGCACUGUCCAAAUUCAAACAUCUCACUUUGCAGUGGUUUGCUCGAUAUGCGAAAUGUUUUGAAGCAUCAAGUAAAAGUUGGCCUGGGAACAGAUGUCUCUGGUGGUUACUCCGCUUCCAUGCUUGACGCUAUUCGAAGAGCCAUUGACACAACCAAAAUUCUGAGCGUCCAAUCACCUGGUUAUGAAAAACUUUCCUACAAAGAGAUUUUCAGAAUUGCAACUCUUGGAGGAAGUCAAGCUUUGGGACUUGACAAACUUAUUGGAAAUUUCGAAGUGGGAAAGGAAUUUGAUGCUUUGUUGAUCAACGUCGAUGUUCCAAAUAGUGCUUUUGAAAUGUUUCCCGGGGAAACCAAUGAGGAUAUUUUCCAAAAGUUUCUGUUGUUGGGAGAUGACCGCAAUAUAGAAGAGGUAUAUGUGGCCGGCAAGCAAGUGGUUCCUUUCCUGGAAUCCUAGUGACAUGUUUUCAGUGUGCGACUGCAUUAGUGUCAUCAAUCAAGACAUCUCUGUUACAUAAACAGAGCCAAUGUCAGCAAUCUGUGAUCAAUGGAUUAAUUCUUAUGUCUGCUUUCUCUCUCUUUUAGCCAUUUUGAGUUUUGUUUCCUCGCUCAAUUCCACAAACCUAUCACUCUCGUCCUGAUCGUCCUUACUGCAUUGGCUCCCCGUUCACCCCCCCCACCCCCACGGAUUUGAGUGCAGGAUUUCAAGACCAUCGUCCUCACUUUCAUAUCCCUCCACAGUGAUACCCCACCCUACUUUUGCAAUCUCCUCAAACCAUACCAGCCCUGAUCCUCCUCUGCUCCGCCCUGCUUCAUGUCUUCCAUCCUACGCACUCCACCAUCAUUGCCUGGCUUUCAGCCCAUUUGCCCCCACUCUGUGGAACUCCAUCCAGAAGUCCCUUCGACUCGCUCCCUCCUUCACUUCUUUAAGGUCUGUCUCACCAAUUGUGCCUUCGAUCAUCUUUACUUUUCCCACUCCCUCAGCUCCCACCCCCAGCUCAGGUGCCAGCCAGAACUGUCAAGUGCCUUGGGAUACAUUCCUGACGUGAAAUGUGCUGUAUUAAUGUAAAUUUGAAUUGUAUUUGCAUAUAGAAAUGGAAUUAGGUUAGAAGAUCAGCCACAAUCUUAUUAAAUGGCAGGGCAGGCUAGAGGGGCCUAAUCCUGCUCCUAUGUCUUAUGGCUUUUGCUAGCAUUUACUUAUAAAAGUUUCAUUGGUGGAAGAUUUUUGGAGUGGAUUUGCUUGCAGCCUGGCUCAGUGGAGCACUGCUAAAUGAAAAUGACUUCAAUAAACAUCAAAUGAAACUGA